AUCUCUGACUUCCAGACGACCAGAACAGGCUUCAUAAACAAUCUCAAAAAAAAAAAAAAAAAAAAAAGGAACAUUUUAUUUUAGGGACUAUAAAUCAUAAGUUUUUUUUAAAAAAGGUUCACAACAUUUUGCUCUUUUAGUUUUUAAAGAGGACCAGCCUUUCUCUCUUUUUGUACACAUUUGCUUAUUUCAUGUAUGUGGGUAUACUGUAACACUUUUGCUCUUAAAAGUUCAUCUUUUUCAAGUUCUAAAACUAAGUAGAAAAGGUCUGACGACAAACUCGUAAUUGCUUUGAGCAUAAAAUUGGAAGCAGUAUUAAGGUCUAAUUAGGACGGCUGGGAUUUAUGGUAGUUUUUAAUAUUUCAGGUUUGGUACAUUUUGUAAUGUCUCUGACGGAGCAAUUUCACUCUCGGUUGUUUCAUAAUUCGUGGAAAAUAGGUCAUAGAUUUUGGAAGUCUUGAAGGCUGGAGUUAACAAAAAGAUGACAGACUACCUUUUAUACUAGGAGCGAAAUCCAAUGGAAGAGUUUCCUAUGGGCAACCGCCCCCGCCUACUCGCUCCUACAUGCUUGUUUCUCCCGCCGAAAUGGCGUCACGCCGUGGCUCUCACGAACCAGCUCUCCGAUUGGAGGGUGAGCAGCCGCUGCAGCCCAUUGGGCGCCAGCGGCCGGAGGGGCGGGGACGCCAAUGGCCCUUGUGCCUUGCCCGCCCCCACCCGAUUGACGCCAGCCCCUCCCCCGGCCCAAGGAAUGGGUACUGGGCUGGGGCAUUGCACCCCCUGAUCCCGAGGUGUAGCCUCGCUGCCAGCUCCUGUGCAGAGCUGGCGCUACGUCCUCCUCUUAGCGCAACCAGCUCCUGCCUUCUGGAGCCUGGCACUGAGAGCCAUCCGCCCCGCAGGGGCCCCCCAGGCCUCCCUGCAGCACCCCGUAAUGCAAUUCACCGGGGUGGGGGAGGCGGCGGCAGCACCUACGGCGGCAGCGGCGGCGGCACUGCCCCAACCUAGAGACGUCUAGAAAGAGGAGGAAAAUGGCUCCGAGCAGGGACCGCCUGCUGCACUUUGGGUUCAAGGCGACAGUGAGUGAUAGAGGACGGGAGCUGGGUGGUCAGAAAGACGUGGGUGCCAGCUCAGGCCGCCGGGGAAGUGAUCAGAUCAGAGCUGGGGACCCUAGGCUGAAAGCUCAGGUUCCGCGUGGGUCGCUACGUGCCAGUGAGCCCUCGCAGUGCUGGAGGGGAUCCGGUGAUGUUCCUGUCCCUGUUCUGCUCUUCUCGCCGGUCCGCGGGCACGCGCGCACUCGCACCCGCCCCACAGCACACACACCGUGCCCCCCCCCCCCACGCCCGCGCGCGCACCGAAGCAGGCGCGCACUUGGGCACUUCCCUGCUUCUCCUUGUCCUGGUGGGCUGGCGCCCGGUCACCCCACGUUCCAGGCGCUCGCGGGCUCACCGUCCGGGGCUGCGCCGGGUGGGGGAGGGGUGGGCUCGCGCCGCCGCCGCCGAGCGCUCCUCCCCUCCCCCGACGUUCCGAGGCCCGGGCGGCUCUGCCCAAUGAGGAGCGGCGUUGCUGGCAGGUGGGGAGUGUUUUUGUUUUGGGUUGAAGUUGAGGCUUUGGAGAGGACCGAGCUAGCGACUGGCAGUCGUCGCGGCCGCGGACGCCGCGGGCGGUGGUGGAGGCCCCCGCGGGACUCGAGCGGUCGCUCCUCCGCGUCGGCCGGGCGAGCCUCGCCUUGCUGCCGCCGCCGCCUCCCGCUCCCGGAACUCCGGGGCCUGCCCUGGCCCCUAUCUUUGCACUCCGCACGCCGCAGCGCCCUGCCCGGGCCGCACCCGCCGGCCCCAUGAGGAGGGACGUGAACGGAGUGACCAAGAGCAGGUUUGAGAUGUUCUCAAACAGUGAUGAGGCUGUAAUCAAUAAAAAACUUCCCAAAGAACUCCUGUUGAGGCCUGGAAUGUCCUAGCUCUGGAUGGCAGUAACUGGCAACGGAUAGACCUGUUUGAUUUCCAGAGGGACAUUGAGGGCCGGGUAGUGGAAAAUAUUUCAAAACGAUGUGGAGGCUUUUUACGAAAGUUAAGUCUUCGUGGGUGUCUUGGAGUAGGAGACAAUGCAUUAAGGACCUUUGCACAAAACUGUAGGAAUAUUGAAGUACUAAGUCUCAACGGAUGUACAAAGACAACAGAUGCUACCUGCACUAGCCUUAGCAAGUUCUGCUCCAAACUCAGACACCUCGACUUGGCUUCCUGUACGUCAAUAACAAACAUGUCUCUAAAAGCUCUGAGUGAGGGCUGUCCACUGUUGGAGCAGUUGAACAUUUCCUGGUGUGACCAAGUAACCAAGGAUGGCAUUCAAGCACUAGUGAGAGGCUGUGGGGGUCUCAAGGCCUUAUUCUUAAAAGGCUGCACUCAGCUAGAAGAUGAAGCUCUCAAGUACAUAGGUGCACACUGCCCUGAGCUAGUGACUUUAAACCUGCAAACUUGCUUACAAAUCACAGAUGAAGGUCUCAUUACCAUAUGCAGAGGGUGUCAUAAGUUGCAGUCCCUCUGUGCCUCUGGGUGCUCCAAUAUCACAGAUGCCAUCCUGAACGCUCUAGGUCAGAACUGCCCUCGACUUAGAAUAUUAGAAGUGGCCAGAUGUUCCCAGUUAACAGAUGUGGGCUUCACUACCCUAGCCAGGAAUUGCCAUGAGCUUGAGAAGAUGGACCUAGAAGAAUGUGUGCAGAUCACGGAUAGCACAUUAAUCCAGCUUUCCAUUCACUGUCCUCGGCUUCAAGUGUUGAGUCUUUCUCACUGUGAGCUGAUCACAGACGAUGGAAUCCGUCACCUAGGGAACGGGGCCUGUGCCCAUGACCAGCUGGAGGUGAUAGAGCUGGACAACUGCCCACUAAUCACCGAUGCAUCCCUGGAGCACUUGAAGAGCUGUCACAGCCUUGAGCGAAUAGAACUCUAUGACUGCCAGCAGAUCACCCGGGCUGGCAUCAAGAGACUCAGGACCCAUUUACCCAACAUUAAAGUCCACGCCUACUUCGCCCCUGUCACUCCGCCCCCAUCAGUCGGGGGCAGCAGACAGCGCUUCUGCAGGUGCUGCAUCAUCCUAUGACAGCGGGGUGGCCCACCAUGUUGAACUGAGUAUUUAAUGACACUUCUAGACAUACCGUGGAGUCUCUCCGGUGGAAGCGACCCCAGCAUUCUGGGCAAGGGUUACAAAGUGAGGGCAGCGUCCAGAUCCCCAGAGCCGCACAUACACAGGCACAGGCGUCCUCACCCCAUCUGCUGUGGUUCUGGGACCAUGGCUCUGAAGUUCAUGCCGGCUGUAACAAGUGGGUUGGUAAAACCUAAGCAUUCCUGUUGGACAUGCCCAGAAACAAUCGCAGGCCACGGUAGAGGGAGGGGACAUUCCAGCAGAGCCCAGUGUUACUGCUUCUGUGGUUUCUUCAUUUUAUUAAGGGGUUUCUGUGGGGGGUUUGGAACAGUAACUAUGAUCCUCCAAGGUGAGAGGUAGCAUGGAAAACAAUAUAUGAUUUAUCCAGGGACCAGAAAGAAAACUUCUCCACAUCCUAGAAAUGGUAGCCAUCCAUUGGGAGACUCGUGGGCUUCCUUGUUCCCGUGCUGACAUGCUGAGCAUGUUCACAGAGAAACUCAUCCUUUCAUCUGGUGUUUGAGUAUUUGACCCAGAGGUUUUUUUAGCGGCUGCAUUGAAAUCACUGGGGUCCAAAUAGAAUUCCUUUUCUUAUCUGCUCAGUUUGUCACUGUAUGUCACUGCACCCGGUUCUCUCGCUCACUGCCACCCGCGCUCGCUCGCGCUCUCUCUGUCUCUCUCUCUGUCUCUCUCUCCCUCCCCCUCUCCUUCAGUCUGUCCUCAGGAUGCUGCCCACUCGAUUGUUACUAUGUUGCUAUUUGUUGUGUUUACAGUUUGCAUUUUGGAUGAAUUAGUUGGGGUCACCAAACAUUUUUAAAAGAAACAUCAAUAAAUAUUUUUUUAAUCUAACUUUUACCAUCAGGGGACCCUGCCUGAAUCUUUGCCAGUCUGGAAAGAAAUUCUAACAAAAGCAGGAAAGUUAUGAUAAGAAAUAGUCGGACUGUUUGGAUGGAAAAAAACUUUCCUUAGGGUUUCUGUUGUAUCCUAUGCUGUAUGCUGGUUUGCACGCUGUGCGCUGUCCCCCACGUGCUGCCCCACCCCACCCCCACAUUUCCUUCCUUCUAAACUCACUGAGCUUACAAGAGAAGUGCAGCAGUGUGUAGGGUGGGUGAUGAAUCCCAAGCUGAGCCUGGAUUCCCGGCUACCCAAGCUCCAGCACAAAUGACCAGUAUCCUGUGCCAGCAGGCGGUGGGUGUGUCCUGUGCCAGCAGGCGGUGGGUGUGGCCUCUGCCUGUCUGAGUUACUUGAGUUACUUGCUUUGCAGCAGUGCUGGGGGGGGGGGGGGGGCUGCUUUUGGUUUCUUGGUCUCCUCCCACAACUAAUCCCAGGAGGGAUACAAGAAGAGUCCUGUAAUAGCUGGCUGCUGUGUUAACGUUAAUAGAAGACCUAAGCAUCUCCGCUGUCUCUGCAGACUUCCUCAGAAAGGGGACAUGAAAGCAGCCAGCUAGGAGCACUGGGGCAGCCAGAGAGCCCAGAGAGGGAGUGGGGGCUCAGAGUCUACCAAGGCUGGAGAGGGAGUGGGGGGCUCAGAGUCUACCAAGGCUGGAGAGGGAGUGGGGGGCUCAGAGUCUACCAAGGCUGGAGAGGGAGUGGGGGGCUCAGAGUCUACCAAGGCUGGAGAGGGAGUGGGGGGCUCAGUCUACCAAGGCUGGAGAGGGAGUGGGGGGCUCAGAGUCUACCAAGGCUGGAGAGGGAGUGGGGGGCUCAGAGUCUACCAAGGCUGGAGAGGGAGUGGGGGGCUCAGAGUCUACCAAGCCUGAGCACCUGACACCAGAGCAGAGGGAACAAGGUUAGUACCUAUGGCUCAGUCAAGAAAAAGCCUCUUCAGAGAAACACACAGAGAAUGGGAGAAAUGAGAUGAGUUUUAAGGCAUAUUUCUAAACCCCGAUGGUAGAAGCUUUGUGUGUGUUCAUUAGAGUAUUGGGAGAGGGGCUUUUGGGACCUGAGUGUGCAAGCCUGUGACCCUGGCAUGUUAAAAGGGAGGGCUGUUUCAUGCCAUAGGUGCAGGUUCUGUCAGAAUAUAUAGGAAGAAAGUCUGAUGGAUUUCUCAUUACUGUAGAAAACAAUCAGAUGGAAGGCCCUCGAACGCUAUACUCCCACAUUUAUUUAUUGUAUUAAACUUAUUGAAAAUCUUAUUUUAUUAUGCUCUUUUGAAAGCUAAAUUACUUGUGUUUUUAUUCCUUUUCCCCUUUAUGUUCAAAUUACCUUGAGAGAAAUCUCCUUUUUCCUCUGAGACCGUCUUGUUACAUUGCUCACCUGACUGGUCUCAGUCACCUGGACUCCAGUUACCCUCCACUUCAGCGGCUGGGACUCGUGGCUAGUACUGCUUCCCCAGACUGGGUACCUCCUACCCCCCCUCCCCCCCACACACACCCCAUCGCCCCAGACAAAGGCUUAUACUCUGUAGCUCUGGCUGGCCUGGAAUCUUGUCUUGGCCUCCUUACUGCUAGGAUUAUAAAGUUAGGCACACUAGCUCACAUACACACUUGCAAAUGUAGAUACCCUAGGUCUUUCAAACAAAAUCAAAAGAAGGUGAGGGACUAUCAGCUCUAAACUAUAUCGUUUGGGGUUUUUUUUUUUCCCCUAAGUGCCUAAUAAGUUGACAGUAAGACCUGAACACUGAACAGGUAGCAGACUCUGAUUGCCCCAGUCUGAGUCAUUCAGGAACUCUUUGGUAUGCAUUCAAGUUUGAAUGAGUUUCCUAACUACUAGUGUGUCAGAAGUCUUGAAAACGCUGUCUGCCUGCUCAGAGUGUUGCUACACGCAGGUUUGUUGGCUUUGUCUUGGUGACCCCUGCUGGUAAGGCAAAUCACCACCUUUCUAGGCCAAGAACACGAGUCAAAAGGAGGGAUGAGGGGUCUGCUGAUGCACAGCUCUGGCCGCACAUGGUCAAGCGGGCGUCAUAUUCCUUUCUUAAGUAACGCAGGCCCAUCAUGCAUAGAGGAGCAUAGAGAAGCACUGACCUCUGAAUCCAAGUGCCAGCUCCCACAUGCGGAAUACUUGUAAGAAUUGGAUAGGGUUUUGGUUGGGUUGAUAGGUUUGGGGUUGUUUUAGGACGGACCAUGUGUGGAGCCCGGGGCCUUCUCAAGCAUUAAGCAGACGCUGAGCUGUAAUCAUCAGUUCUAGUAAGGAUUAGCGUGAAAAGUUCCUUUUUGAGAAAGCUGAUUGGGGGCUGUGAGUCUGAUACCAGCACUCCUGUUGGCAGAUGGGUGGUGGGCGGAGGCAGGAAAAUCCGCCAGAAGCCUGAGGGCCCUCCAUCUCCAACCUGGAGCACAUAACACUGACAAGCAAAACAGACCCCGCCGUACCAAGGUGUGGAGGGAGAAUUGUCCUGUGACCUCCAUACAAGGUGUGGCAUGUACGUGCCUGCACUUCACAGUAUGGAUAUAAAAGAGGGAGAGUGAGGUAUAGUGGUUUGUGCCUAUAUCUCGACACAGGAGAUGCAGAGGCUGGAGGGCUGCUGCCUGUACCUGACCAGAUUGGAGUACAUAGCAAGGAGGUGGGGGGCGGGGGGAAGCCUGGUGGUCCAUUUGUCUCAUUUUACACCCACUCCCAAACAUGCCUUUUACAAUGGGGAAAGAAAAAAAAUGAGGCCUGAGUGAGAUCAGCCUCAGCUACACUGUGACACUGCUUAAGCAAGCCAAGCAAAAGGAAGAAUAAGGUACCCUCAAAGAUGGUGCCCUAAGCCUCCAGGUGGCCAGGAGGGAUUGCUAAUAUGGAGAAAGAUCUUGAAUAGACAACGUCCAUUGUAGGCUCCGCUCCCCUGCGUCAUCUGGAAUAUCCUGCCCCCAUUUGCUGCUGCCGCUUUAUUAGACCUGCAAAUGUAGCCACUGAUCUCUCCAGUUCUUCCAGCACCCGCCCUGCCCUGUGUCUAAAGCAUUGUGGCAUCCAGUCUAGCAUCCUUGGAUUCCUUUCCCUGCUCACAGCAAGCUGUCGUGGGCAGAACUGAGCACAGCACAGGGGAGUGGCAGUGGCUUGGGAUAGUUCUCAGGUGAUGGUCCGUGGGGUUGGGGGUUGGACUUGGAGUUGAAUUUGAGAUCUAACUGGCUCUGAGGAGUAAAGGGACCUAACAUGACCUCUCCCCCAGUGUUUGAAGUAUUAAACCGCUCUGCUCUGCUUAAUGUUUUAGAAAUGCGGUGACUGGCCCUGCCCUCACCCUGACAGCCUUUCUGGAGGUGAAAGUAUCCCUCAGUUUGUUUUUGUAGAUUUCCAGUGAGAUUUCUGUGUCUACUAGGUAGGUAGCAGGCAUGUAAGUCCGAGAUGGUGUUUUAAGCGUUUCCCAGGGAAUGUUGUUGAGUGACUUACCAUGCUUUGUUUGGGGUGUUCUGUACCGUUUGGAAUGUUUGUUGUAGCUGUGGGCCACUGACGUCCAGUCUGGACUAUUUGUAGCUGUGUAGACUAUUUGAAGUCUAUUUGAUAUUUUCAGUUGUCUUCUAAAAUGUGUUUGAAAACAUGCCUUGACUUGGCAUUGUUAGGGCGUAGGAGAGUUGUCACUGAAAAGAAGAGAGAGACUCCCUGCCUGUCCGUGGGCAUUGAGACUUGGAAGGCCUCAUAGAUCAUGACUGACCUUGGACUGUUGAGAUGGCUCGGCAGGUAAGCACUGUUUGCAGGCCAAGUCUGACAACCUGUUUGUGAUGGUGAAGGAGCGGUAAUGCCGGCUGGGAAUUGUUGUGACUUCCACGGAUGUACCAUGGGAUCCAUGUGCGUUAAUAGAAAGGAUUAUGUAAAAUCCAAGGCUGAUGGCUCUAAAGUCAGGCAGCUCAUGGAGUCAUAAGUGAGAGGGUAGACAAGGAAUGAGCCCUGAACCUUCUCUGAGUUGUACAGGUGGGUUUCUGUGCUGUGGUUUCUGCUGACAGACCAGAGGAUAAGCCCAGCCUUCUUGAAGACUUGAAGACAAACAAGUCUUAAGUUAGAGGGAUGAGGGGAAGUAGGAGUCACAAACCUGCUCACAUUUAUUUUUGUCUUAAGUCUGCAUCAGAAGAUGCAGAAAGCAGUGUUAUCUAUCAAUAGGGCAUGAUUAGCCCUGCUGAUUUGAGAAUAAAAUCUGGCUGUAAAUACAAUAUCCAAAAGACCUGACUCUACAUCUUCAUUCUCCAGCAAGAAAAAAAAUUAAAUAUAUAUAUAUGCUAUUUAAGCACUGGCUGCUGUAACCCUGCCUUAUUCUUUUUACCUGCUGGAAACCACAGGAGACAGGAGACAGAGCUUCUGGGGUUUCCCAUUGGAGCCUGGUUCACAGUGUUGUGCGCUCUGAUUUCUCUGCACAUCGUUUCUGCAUCUCUGGAAAACUCUCAGUUAUUUAGCAUCCUCUCCCUUGAAUGGGAGUUUAAGAAAGUUAUUUGAGAGGGAAAAGCUUUUGUUACACAAACCAUGCGUGGAAGGUUCGAGGAGAACAUCCUCCUGCAGGUCUUUGGUCUCUGCCACAGGAGUGUUUGAUCUAAGGCUUUGUGGAGUCAAGUUUACAAAGAUGUCAGUACUUCUCAGCCAGAGUGGCUCGUAGAACAAGAACCAUGAGCAGGCAGAAACCUAGUGUCGCUUUCCACUGUAUGGCAUGGGCAGGCAAGGCUCGUGAGGAGAUGCUUUGCCUCAGGAAGCGCAUCUGUCCUGUGCUCAUAAGACUUCCUUUCCAUGGGACACAUUUACUUCGUUUUUUUCAUGGUAUCAACUCCAUGCCCUUUGGUGGCAAGAAGGGCUUCCUUACUUCUGGGGACAGCAUUAGUACCAAGACAGGAGUGUGGACAGUGGACAACAGUCCUCCCCCUUGGAAGGGGUGGUGAUAGACAGGUGUCCUCUGCCAGGUCCCAGGAGAUCUUUGAAGUUACAUCCUUUUGCUCCGUUUGUCGUGUUAUCUCCAAUCUGCCCUGGUUUGCUGCUUACAUAUGUUUCUUCCUGUACCCUAACAUUUUCCUCUCAGCUCCACAAAACAUUCAACCACUCACUGUUUAUAGCCCUGGAGACCAGGGACCUCUAAAUGACUGCGUGGCGUGGCUCAUUAGUUAGACAGGAGUGCCCUGGCUCUGCAGCAGUGAGAAGGGCCUUGCUGUCUGUCGCCAUCUGGGUGUCCAUAGGAAGGCUUGCUCCUUGUAAGGAUCUUUUCUUACAUAUUUCUGACGACUGUUAAUCUCUAACAAGUGCUGAGCCCGAUUCCUGUGACCCAUCCCUGCCACACUCCUACCUGACACACUGACACCUAGAUCCUGUUGGCACGUCCCAAAAUCUUUAGGCCAGCCAGCUCUUCCUCCCUGCUGUAACCCCAGAACUGACCCCAAGAACCAGGACAACCCCGAGGGGAAUCUGGGAGAGGCUCGAGGUCACUUUUCCGUUGGUUUUAUCCACUCUGGCCACCUCUGUUCUUCCUCCCAGGAACUCUUUGCGGUUACUGUUUCCUGGUGUUCAGCUUAGCCUUGCCCACCUUCCAGUGACCCUGAGGGCACAGACCUGAGUAUCCCAUGUGGCCUGUGCAGAGCUCAGAGCACUGUGAGGACCACCCCCUUCCGGUCAGGCCGCUCAGGGACAGAUGGAUGGGUACCUGGUGCUGUCUGCAGAACUCAGUCUCCAGUCCUGCACCCCCACUCCGCUGACUCCCUGAGGGGUAGCAGGGCAGUCACGGUGUGAUCCCUGUGCCUAGCUGCUGGGCCUGACCUGGACUUCGCUGUAUGGGGGCUGCUGCUUGCUUGUUUUCUCACCAGGCCUGUGCCAACACUUGGCCACUCCCCAGGCCCUGAACUGUUCCCCAGUGGGGACUUCACGCCACCUUUCACUAGCUAAGUGACUGUAUGUACACCUCGUACUUCCAGCAUCUGAGGAUGUGGGGGUGAGGAUUGUUUUCAAUAAAUAAAAUCCAAGGAGGCAGUAGACGAUUCUUUUUGCUUUAAAAAUCUUUGGACUAAAGAUAUGUUUUUAUAUAUAUAAAUAUAUAAAGUAAAUUGUUAUGUAACUAUUAUUGUUCCUGUAUGUUCUAAUUUUGUUUUAUGAUGUAAUUAAAGGAAAUCAGCUGUGAA